GAUUCGAACCCAUUUGUAUUUGUUGUACGCACGUGGUGGAGUUCUGGGUAAAGUUUGUUGUUCGAAAGGGUUGGACCGAGUGGAGUAAAUCAGGGUUGUGGUUUGAGAGCAAAAGUGAGAGGGAUUAAUUCGGAAAAUGCAGCACGACGAUGUUGUCUGGAGCAUCAUCAAUAAAUCGUUCUGCUCGUUCAAAGUCAACACCAAGGGCCAGAGGUUCUGCAGGAAUGAGUACAACUUGACAGGAUUGUGCAGUCGGGCGUCGUGCCCACUGGCCAACAGUCAGUAUGCCACUGUCAGGGAGGAGAAGGGAAUUAUUUACUUGUUUAUGAGAACAGCUGAAAGAAUUCAUGAGCCCAAGAACCAAUGGGAGAAAGUUAAAUUAUCCAGGAACUUCGAGAAAGCCAUUCACCAGAUAAACGAGAACUUGCUGUACUGGCCGGGGUUCAUCAAAGCGAAAUGCAAGCAGAGAUUUGUGAAGAUCACUCAGUACCUCAUUCGUACGAGAAAGCUGAAGCUCAGGCGUCAGAAGAAACUUGUUCCAUUGCAGAGGAAGAUCGAGAGGAGGGAGAGGAGGAGAGAGGAGAAGGCUCUCAUUGCUGCCAAGCUCGAUACUGCUAUUGAGAAGCAGUUGAUGGACAGAUUGAAGCAAGGGAUGUACCAGGACAUCUACAACUUCCCACAAAGAGUAUUCGACAAGGCAGUGGAAACUGUCGAAGUCGAGGGCGAGAGUGAGCGAGAAAGUGAAGCUGAGGAGGAGAGUGAGCAGGAAAUUGAGAAGGAAGUUGAAAUGGAGUUGGAAGCAGAUGAAAAUGCCAUUCAGAGGAAUGGAGGGAGAUUCGUGGAGGCUGCCAGUGACAGUGACGAAGACGAUGAUGAUGAUGAUUAUGAAGAAGAGGGUGGAGAGAGUGAUUCUGGGCAGAGAGAACGAGUCGACUUGUCUGAUAGCUUCGAGAGUGACACUAGUGAUAUCGAGGAUAUCACACCCACAACGAGCAAAUCAAAACCAAAAUUGGUUAAAAGCAAAAAAGGAAAGUCCAAAAGACCUAAAGUCGAAAUUGAAUAUGAAACUGAGGAUGCACCUAGAGAAAGACUACGAGCUUAAGAUUUGUUGUUAUGUUAAAAUGAUAAUUUUUUAGUGUAAUAAAGAUUUUUUC